UCCACCGCUCCCCCCUUUGCCCCCUGGAACCGGCUAAUACUCUCCCGCUCAGCCGCCCUAUAUCGCGAUCCUAUCCUUAUAUCCCCCCUCUCGCUGACACAUCCCUCGAUCUACCGGUCAGGUGAAUCAAAUCGACUACUCUACACCUCCAUCAUGCAAGUUGAGGGUCCUGGGGGCAUGAUCAAUCCCAGCGCUGGGGUGCAUUCUGCUUAUCAACGUUCAUCUGAGAAUGACAUGACACGUCAAGGCUCAGGUGGAUUACCAUCAGAUGGCAUGUAUCCCUAUCCUGCUUUUCAACCCAACCUGCAUUCUCAAAGCAUCAAUCUGCCGGCUCCGUUCCCGGGUGCUUCUUCCUCGUCAUCGUCUGCCUCCCUAGGCAUGUCGGUAUCACCUCCGCGGUGGGUGACUGGAGGAAACGCUGGCUGGGGUGGUCCACCACCAAUGUAUGGCGGCUCGGGUAGCUACGUAGGUAGCAUUGGAGCUCUCGGCACGAGCUUUGGACAGGAACGAGACCGCGAGCUUGAAGCAAGAUAUGUUAGAGACUUCGCAUGCUGCGGACGGCAGCUGAACGGAUUGCACGAGCUACUUGAGCAUUAUGAGGAGGAACACGCCAAUCUUGGUCCAAGCGCCCGCAUGGCAGCAGUCAACGCAGCAUCUCAUACGCCUCAAAAUCGAAUGGACUCGGUCCAGAGCGCUUCCUCUGUAUCGACGAUGAGCCCUGCUGUCGUCACUCCGAUGCAAACAAGUUACUCUCAGAACGAACCGCCGACAGCACCAGGCAUGGUUGACAUCGAAAUGGAUGGGCCCGGUCAUCAUUCCGUCCAAACCGCAUUUCCCAAGUCACAACAUCCGCGAGCAGCUGCCGUUUCAAGACCUUCAGGAGUGUCCAUCAGCGCUCCUGCUAGCCCUUGGGCUGGGGCGUUCCGACCACAAGGAGGAAGUACACCCCCUCACUGCUUACCGCCGAGCCUCCUCUCCUCCGGCCCACCUCAUACCGCCUCCAGCACCCCAACCCCGGAGCAACAGAUGAAAGCGCUCAAGAAAGCUCAACGGAAGGUGGAACGGAUGGCGUCCCGCGACGAUCCUUCCGCGAGUGAUGCAGAAGGCGAGAAGAAGUUUCCUUGCCCUGUGGAAGGCUGCGGGAAAGUGUAUAAGCAGGCUAAUGGUCUCAAGUAUCAUCUGACCAAAAGUGUCAACGGUCACGGGCACGUAAAUCUCGCGGCAAUGGGAGGUCUAGCUCCGUUUUUGAGCGACAGAGGGCCCGAGUGAGCAUCGGAUGAAGACACGACGAAAAUGAGUUGGAAGAAGAAAGGGUUUCCUGGCUUUUAUGUUGUACAGAGCCAUGCAUCAUUAUAUCGUAACUGUUCACGUU